GGAAUUUUGUAUCAUUGAAUAGGUUAUUUGCGGAAAUUUCAUAGAAAUGUUCGGAAAUGACAUCGCAACACAUCUGGCAAUCGUGUGUGGCGCCUGUUUAGUAUCAUUCUAGAAGGCGUUCAAAAUAAGCAUAGGUACCGGGCCAACAAAUAUUGUAUCUUUCAAUGAAUACGCUUAAAAUUUUACUUUCAAGUUGACACAAGAUCAAUACUUUUUGCUGCAUUAUCCAAGUAUAAUAACGAAAAUUUAAAAUGCAAGUAAUUACUCUUGGAUGCGCAAAACAUUGUUUUUUUCGUAAAUUGGUCACAAAAAUCUCCUUGGCUCCUUGUAAUUCUCUCAACCCCUUGAUUUGCUUUCUCUUUGACGUGAUGUGAUGCGAUCACGUGAUCACUUCGUAAUCGAUCGACCAUUUUGGGUACUUGUGUAGAAGUGUGUGGUUAGCGAAAGUAUAUCGGAGGUUUAUUGUACUUGCCUAAUAGCAAAUUAACGUAAAACUUCGCAGUCAAAAUGGGUUUCCAAAAUAUUUGGUAUUCUCACCCAAGGAAAUACGGACAAGGUUCCAGGUCAUGCCGAGCAUGUGCUAAUGGCCAUGGAUUGAUCCGAAAGUAUGGCUUGAACAUCUGCCGCCAGUGUUUCAGAGAGUAUUCUCAUGAUAUUGGAUUUAAAAAGUAUCGGAAAGGUGUUGUUCUGAUCCAGUUUCAUGCUGAUGCUUGUCAAUAUCAACACUGGUCACUAUCUCUGUCCAAUUCA